CCAAGCUGACAGCACUACGAGCGGCAGGCUGGCUCCUGUGAAUUCCUUAAAUAUAAAUUAAUUAAUUUUUUGAGCAUUGCGGCAAGGAAUGAGUUUCGGCGACUGCACCAGCAACUUUAUAUACCUGACGGGCAGCGAGGAUUACGCGCUAAAUUUGGCCAAGCUAUGCGAGCGCUUUGCGCUGAAGGAGAAGCGCGUUUUCCUGAUCACCAGCCGGCAGCAGGAGAUGGCGAAGCGCUUCUCGCUGAAUCCUCUCAACUGCAGCAAAUAUCUGAGCAUCCUGCAGCCGCAGGACUUCGAGAGCACCCCCCUCCGCCUGCUGGAACUGCAGGACAGUCCGGCGGAAUCCUCGAUGCGGCGACCACAUCUCAUCGUCUUCGACCUGCAGUCGCUCGUCCUGGACGCCCUGCUGCGUCCCGUGAUGCAGCAGUGCUCCCGGGACAAGAUGGUCCGGCACAUCGCCAAGUGCUCCGCCUCGUUUGUGAAUUAUCGGGAGAUCCUUGCGCCGCCCAUCGAUACGAUUGUGGUCAUGUCGCAGGAACCGUAUCCCCUGUCGCCCGCCCAGUUCAAGCUGCUCAUCGGGCUCUAUUUCCAUGGCCACGAGUGCCACACGAACUUCGCGAAGCUCUCGUCGCGUCUGCUGGACGCCCAGGUAUUUAAAUAGGAGGAGGAUUCAGCCAGGAUUCAGUGCCUUACAGCCUUCCCUAGUCACUAAGCCAGCUAAAUCUACGUUAUUUAGUUAUUUAUGUACAAACAGUGAACGAAAAACUAACAUAAUUUGUUGUUAGCCCAAAGCGAUAGUCGAAAAGUAAGCAGUUGUACCCUAUAUGAAAAUAUAUUCU